UUAGUUUGUCUGGUGGAAAUUUCAUCUGUUCGUGUUCAUUUAAAAAUUUUCAUCGCAGCUACCGUGAUCAAGAGUUGCACGGUUAAAACCACGUAGAGACCUGAUCUUCUUAGUCUCAGGCUGUGCUCGAUUUGGUGACUUAGACACGUUUCGCCUUGCUGGAUUACCCUUCGGUAUUCUAGAACAUUAGUAGACGACCUUUGAUCAGGCUUCCCUUAAUUGAUGCUGUUACCCUGUCGACGUUCAUUUUAAUUUGAACCAAACAGUGUUAGGCAUUUGCGAAGUUGAUUGUCCGUUAGCAAGCCAAGAGAGAUGCCAAAAGGACAGUCCCAGCCCUGAUUCAUCAACAGCUGGUGGAAUUACAUGACAAACUGAUCGACUGUGUAGUAAUUCGUCUUCAUAAACGCUGGAGCGAAGAUAACUGAGAAAAUUCAGUGGUCAGAACUUCAAGAUGUCUUCUGUUGAUGAUCUUUCAACUGAGAGUAAAUUGUCUGUCAUCCUUGAAAAGAGACCAAAGCUCAUCGAGCAAUUGGCCUUAUGCUUGGACAGAGAAAUGAGAUUUAUACCCAAUUGGAUACAGUUGGCAACGAAUCUUGAUGUCGACGUGAACGUCAUUAAAAGACUUGGGCAGUACAGUGACUACAGUCCUACCAUCCGAUUGUUUGAAUUCCUCGAGGUCACACAACCGGAUUUAACGAUUAAACAACUAAAAGACGCGCUACUGGAGAUCAGGAGGAACGACUUGUUUAGUUUGCUGUCCACGAAAGCCGGGUGCAUUGACUCUGAAAAAGUAAAAGACAUAAUCACGUCGCGAAAUAUUCAAGCUCCUUCACCAACAGCUGGGCUUUUAGAUGAAAUUGCAUUGGCCCUAGACGUCACCUCUCUGGUAUUGUCAAGCUGGUCCAACUUGGCAAUAAAACUGGGAGUGCCAAGAAAAACUUGUUGGGAGUUUGAACGACGUUCAACAGAUGAUCCAACCCACAAUCUAUUGCAUUAUUUAAUUACUACUUGUCCAGAAAUGAAACUAAAAACUCUGAAGGAUGCCCUGGAUUCCAUCAAAAGGAAGGAUGUACUAAAAAUUCUACAAGAACAGAAUCAAGGAGAUGAAGUAUUUCUGAAGGACGUAAUGGCACAAAAACCGGAACUUGUAGAAACAAUGGCAGAAAACCUUAACCGCGAAGAAGUACCAGGCGUUAAAAACUGGAUCCAUCUCGCCAGCAAACUGAACGUGCCCGAUGAUGUGCGUCAGGAAUUUGGUGCGACCGAACAAAAGCGGAAAAGUCCCACCAAGGAAGUUAUUCAAUGGGUGGCCGUUAACUUACCGGAGAAAACAUUAAGUGACGUCGCAAAUGCGUUGGACAGGAUCCAGCGUAACGAUGCUAUUCAGAUUAUAUCAAAGCAAUUUCCAGACACAGUUGAAUCAACUUUGGAGCGAUUUGGUUGUUCACCACAAGACAGUUUCAGAAUGCCUGAUCCCACAGGUCAGAAUUUAUCCACCAGCUACAAAUUGAAGGAGAAGGUUUCUCUUCCAAAGGAAGUAGCUGCAGACGUAAGGGAACAUUCAGGUCACUGUGGAACAUUGCCUGAUCAAAUAGAUUUAGUGGGCCGUAACGAAACCUGCGAAAGGAUCAUAACUGCCUUGUCUUCAAACAAGGUGGUUGAAAUUGUGGCGCCACCUGGAUAUGGGAAAACCUCUAUGGUAAUAGAAGUCGCCCAUCGGUUGAUCAGCGAGGGAAAGUUCAUCGCUUAUGUUAAUCCAAGAGGUGUCACUUGCGUAGAAGACUUGGCAAGCGAUAUCAUCGAAGCUUUAGGUUUUGUUCCCAGCGAAUAUACUAUCACUGAGGCAACUCGUCGCAUACGUGCCUUAAAAGCAAAGUCAGCGGUGCUUCUUAUCGAAAACAUUGACAACUUACUUCACCUCGAGACUCAAGUUCGCAACGAUAAAUACCUGCAAGGGCUGAACUCCAAAAACUAUUGCACCAAAAUGCGCGGAAAAUUUACAAAGGAUGAAUUUUUGUCAUUUCUAAAAGACAUAGGAAAAUGCCCAACCAUUCAUCUUGUUCUAACAUCUAGAGAAUUCUAUGAUUUCAGUGUGUCUUUCCCUAUUGAGCUGAUUGAUUUAGAGCCUCUGAAAGACAAUGAUUCAGCUACUUUGUUCAAAAAGUGUGACGACAGACUAGACGAAGGCUUGAUAAAUGAGCUGGUCAGAGUUUGUGGCGGCAUUCCUCUUAUUAUCUGUACUGUUCGCUCAAUUCUUAGAAGAGAAAAUCCAGAGAGGUUCACCCAAAGACUUACCACAUGUUCACCUCAAACUCUUCGUAAACUACUGAGCCCUGACUUUCUAGCGAGUGAGGAACGCAUCUACAAGUGUCUACAGAUCUGUUUUAAUCGCUUCAGUGACGAGAACCAGAAGAUAUUUGUAAUGUUCUCAACAUUUCCGAACGGAUUUACGGAAGAACAAUUUGACGCGUGCUUCAAGUCUUCAGUUGAAGGUGAUCUGCAGAUGUCUCUAAGUUGCUUGAAACAAAGCAGCCUCCUAAACUUUGACAGAAAUAACUGUCUUUACUCUCUACAUCCUUUUAUAAGAAACUUUUUUUCAUCAAUGCCUGAACACAAAGAUGCCAAAUCAGUCUUCUUACGUCACUACAGUGAUUUGAUUGUUUCCCUUUGCAAAAGAUUUUUGAGUGCGGAUAAGAAGUCUGCAAUUAAUCGCUACAGAUGUGAAAAGGACAACGUUCGAGAGGCUAUGGCUUGGUGUGGAAAUGAUCAUCCUGAGCUUGAACAAACCGUGAGGGAGCACUGCGUUACUGCUUUCAACGAAGCCGCAGUAUUUCUCGCAAAGAUGAUGCGAAAACAAGAGUUUGUUUCCCUCUUUUGCAAGUUUGCGUAUCGAUGUCAACAUGACAGGCAUCUAUUGAGUGCUUGCUUGACAAACAUUGGCGUUAAAAUAGUUUUAAGCUGCACAUGCAAACCGUACAUUUGCCCUAGAGCGUUAUAUCAAGCGAAGAGAUUUUUGGCACGUGCUAAGCAAAUCCACUCAGUGCUUACUGACGUGAAUGAAGCUACGCGUGCCCACUGCUUGAGUAAGCUUGGAUUCUGUUGUGUUCGAGAGGGACGCGUUGACGAAGGAUAUUGCUAUCUUAACGAGGCCAUAGAAUUAAGAACAAAGAGAGAAAAAAAAUCAGAUGAGACCCAGGACAAAGUCAUGUUAGGAGCGUGUUAUAAUGAUAUAGCAGCUUCUCUGAUGGUGCAAAGGAAACACAUGUGUGCUAUCCAAACAAGACUCUGCUAUGUGCUUCCUCUCUAUGAACAGAACCUCGGGGAGCAUCCUUUCACGGCAACAACACUCGACUGGAUUGGCAACAGUUACCACGCCUUGGGUGACUACGACAAUGCUGUUAAAUAUAUCGGUAAAUCAGUUGAAAUGCGAAAGCAACUGCUGGGGCACCAUCAGGAAACUGCGAGGUCUCUUCAUGAUUUGGGAGUGGCUUUGAGCGCGAAAGAAGAUUACCCAAGUGAUUCUUCCAUGAGACGUAAAAGUGAAGCAGAUUAACAUUAAAUGAUGCUCUCCCUUAUAGUGCCCUUAAAUAUCUGAAGUAGGUAAUUGAUUUACAAGAAGAAGUAUCAGACACACAUCAUCAAUUGAUUCACACGUACCACGACAUGUCAAUUGCUCUGCGUAGUCUCGGAAGAAACAGCGAGGCCGAGGAAGAAAUGACACUUGCUGCAGAGUGCGCAAAAAAGUUGGAAAAGGAAGAAAAAGAAGAAGAAAAAGACUGAAUGGAUAUCUCAUGCACUGAGUUAAGAUUUUGAAAAAAUGAUCUUCGACGUUGUUAGGAAGCAAAACAAUCUAUCGAUUGAUCGAUGGGCUUUCGUGAACACGUAAUCAAUGCAGUGACACUCGCUAGAUCUGUCCUUCCAUGGACCUCUAUACAUGUGUAUCAGUCAGUCGAAACUUAGGAAGAACCCUGUUAGAUUUUUGUCAGGGUGAAUGGCUGUAAUCAGCCAAUUUUAACUUUUUUUCGAAAAAGGAAGAUCUUUAAUUUUAGAUCCUAUUUUACUUUUUAUUAUCGUGCAGAGAUUAACCUUCAAUUAUGUUGGCAAGUUGACAUUGCCCAAAUUAAGACCAGUUCUCAGCAUGACAAACCAAAAACCCACAUUGUUGAUUACUCUUAACAAGAGAAACUGACCAACAUUAAGUGAUUAUUAUGAUAAAUGCCCCGAAGACGAAAUAUUUCCUUUCUUUUAUCUUCGUUAGUUAAAUUGAGCAAUCAGUUGGAAAAAGUAAAAGCGCUGAGAAAACGUGUUUAACAAAUCGUUAAAUAAAUGAUUAAAAUAAGGCAAUAAUGAACCGCUUAGCAGAGGCGAAGUUUGAAUGAAAGAUGCAGUAAAUUGUCCAACACGUUCAUUUUUGCAUUAAAAUUUUGCACAUAAAUGAAGGAUCCCUUACCUCGAGUAGCCUUUAUCCUUAUUGAUAUUAUCAUCGACUGUGAAUAUAUGAAAGUCAUAUAUUUGAACUGCGGAUAAAGACGUGAAUAUGAAAGCGAUCUUCGCAGUAAUGAACACUACUU